AUGCCUGAACACGACGCGCUCGUUCUCAGCUUCUCGCACUUAGCGGAGUUCCCACGCGCAAGCGAAGCUAUUCAAACGCUGAAAAAGGUGGCUUCUCUGGUCAAGCCCAUUAUGCGGGUGCGAGGCUGGAAGGUGCGAGAGCUCGCUGAGUUCUACCCAGAUCAAGCAAAUCUUCUUGGUCUGAACAUCAACAGAGGCCAGAGGAUUCUGGUCCGACUACGAUACCCCAGUGACCGAUCACUCUUCCUACCAAUAGAACAGGUAGUCGACACGAUGCUUCACGAGCUAUCCCACAUCGUUUUCGGACCUCACGAUGGCAACUUCCAUGCGCUUUGGAACCAACUACGAGACGAACACGAGGCACUUAUACGCAAAGGAUACACCGGCGAAGGCUUCCUCUCAGAAGGACAACGUUUGGGAGGGGGCCGGAUACCCAUGCACGAGGCUCGCCGACUUGCUCGGGCGGCCGCUGAGAAGCGACGCUCGUUGACGGCUGGUUCAGGCCGGAGGCUCGGUGGUUCUGGGCCUAGCCUCGGCUCGGAUAUCCGGCGAACAAUUGUUGGCGCUAUCGACCGGAGGAAUAGCACUCUCCAGGGAUGUGGCAACAACAAUCACAACGACAGGGAGAUCCAACAAAUCUCCGAGACAGCAACGAGAAACGGCUUCCGUACCCAGGCCGAGGAGGAUGCCGCCAACGAGGCCGCCAUCGCGCAGGCGCUCUGGGAACUGGUGCAAGAAGAGGAGCGUCAGCGCUACGGCGGUUACUACAUCCCGCCGAGCGCACAGAACCCCACCGGUAAUGGCGGCGGUUCAGUCAUGGGAGACCACGGUGACCGCGGUGACCACGUAGCCAGAAGCACAAUCGUUCCUCCUCCGAUCCCAGGGCCGGCAACAAGGCCUCCGCCGGUGCCGAGUCCUGAUACUCGGCCGCCAAUCGUUCCUGCACCGCCGUCACAGUCGGCUCCGCAGCGCGGUUGGACAUGCGGGGUGUGCACUCUUCACAACCCCUCAACAUUCCUCUGCUGUGACGCGUGCGGGACAGAACGCGGGCAAAAUCCUCAACGUGAGGUGUGGACACCAAACGCCGAAAAGCGCGAACGCCAGCGGGCAUCGGCAGCCGCAACGGCGAGAACACCAAUCGAGCCGGAGACAAUAGACCUCACGAGUAGUCCGCCAAGGAGGUCGAAUAGGACCGGCAGGGUAAACGUCAAUACCCCACCAGUACCAGGCCCGGUUGUACAUGCAGCGCCAAUUUGGCAAUGUUCGUUCUGUGGAACCAUCAUGCAACGACAGUGGUGGACGUGUUCAACCUGUGGGGUGAUGAAGGACGAUUCAGCCUGA